AUGAUUUCAACAAUCGGCACAACAACAAUUCAAGCCACGAACGGCGGGACUCUGUCCACAACUACAGCACCAAACUCGCUAGUCAUGAAUCCUACGUCAAUGUUGGUAGAGAUGAAAAGCUUUAUUCCUUCUUCAUAUACUUUUGAAACAGAAAUCGAGAAGAUAAAGCAAGAACUUUUAACAAGUAAUUUAGACUGUAGUGCGAAAGAUGAAACAAAUGAACAGUAUCUUUAUGAAAUGGAGGACCUCAUCGACCAUUUGCCUAAACUACCUGAAAUUCAGCAGCAAAAACUAACUAUUCCUGAAUUCGACGAAAUUGAAGUCAAAGCAACUGACUCAGUAGAAAUUAAGAAAUUCAUACGUAAAGUAAAUUAUGAAUUCCUUGGUUUUCAUUGCAACCAUAAAGUUAUGGACAAAGAUUGCGACAUGGUUUAUAAAAAUAUUUCUGACCUUUACAAAUCCGAAGAAUUUAAGACAUACGAUAACUUUGUUUCAUUAGUUGCAAAAUGUGUAUGGCAGAUAAGAGAUAAAGAUAGAAGAGGUAAAGUAUGGAAUGAACAAAUAA